AUGGCCCCAGGCAGCGUCCUCUUCUCCAGGGUGGGGGUUAGGGGCACAUACUUUGUGACCCGGCUGGUGCGGAGCCCCCUCCACUGCGGGAGCUUGCAGGGGUGCGGGGGUGUGAGUGGCGCUCCUCGGACGGGCGUCCACAGUGCAGAGGACGUGCAGGGCUCGGCCGGGAAGCGGCUGCACCCGGGCCUGCCUGGCGGACCCGGACUCCGGACUCCCGACUCCCGGAGGCCCAGCCCGCCGAACGCAUUGGUAACUGUGCUCAAGAAGAUACAAUCGCGACAGCCCUCAGGGUGGCGCGCGGCGGAGAGGCGACGCGGGUGGCGCUGCAGAGGCGUCCCCACCCCCUCCGGGGGGGGCUCGGGAGCUGCCAGGCCCGCUGCAAGCGGCGACGCGGGAGAAACCGCGGGGCAGCAGCGCCCCCUGCAGCUGCCGGGCGCCUCCGCAGCCGCCGCGCAGACCCGACUCUUAAGGUGGCACCGCCGGGUUCCCAGCCCGCGCGCGCAGCUGUCGGGGUUCUCUGCCCCGCAGCCGGGGCUCCACCCGCUGCAGGUCUCUAGCAGCGGGCCUGACAGUCCAGAACGGCCAGAGUGUGCAAAACUCUGCAGCUAUUUGCUUGAUCCUUUGGCCCUGUACCUGCAGGACCUCUUCGGGGGAUGCCCCUCUAGAGAUUUCGACAGGCUAGAUUGAAAAUUCCCUGCGAGUAUAGGAGGAUGCGUAAGUCCCGCUUCAGGGAGGAACGACAAGAAUGGCGUUUCUUUAAGUCUAAAUAAAACUUUUAUUUUCGGUUAUAAAAAGCAGAAGUCCAGCAGGAAAGGGUCGCUGAGGGUUGGCAC